AUGUCGAAGAAUCCUUUUGAUGAUGAUUAUGAGGAUUAUACUGGCGCUACUGCAACAAGGCCUGUGAAAAAGUACACUACUGUUACUAGUACACCCGAGGAUGACAUUAAUUACUAUGAAAAGGAGAUGGAAAGAUAUAUGCAAGAGUCUUUGGACAGCACAGAAAGGUCAAGAAAACAGUUAGAGCAAAGCGAACAGAUUGGAGUAGCGACGGCUCAGGAUCUAUUGGCGCAACGUGAGAAAUUAGAAAAUGCGGAAAGGAAUUUAGAUGAGAUUGAGCGGACAACGAGGAUGACUCAACGAAAUCUUAACAGUUUAAAGUCUUUCUUCGGUGGCUUCUUUAAAAAUAAAUUCUCACGAAGUUCGAAAGAACCUACUCCUGUCUCAUCGUCUGCAUCAGAAAGUAAGCUGAAUAAAACAAUAGGGAAUUUGGACAGUAAACCAUAUACUGGUGGUGCCAUUUCGCAGUCAGGUCCUUCAUUAAGCGAAAGUUCUAGAGCCGCUAUAAAAGGAACUAGAUGGGAAGCAAUGGACAACGAAAUUGAUGCAAAUCUAGAUUCAAUGAGUGCUCAACUCGCUCGACUUAACGAGUUAGGACGGGCUAUAGGUACCGAAGUAGAUUCGCAAAAUGAAAUGUUGGAUCGGAUUCAGAUGAAGACUGAGCGGAACGAAGCACGUGUCAGAGAUCAAGACACUCAGAUGAAGAGACUAUUAGGUAAUGUUGAAAAACAAGAUGAUAAAAGUUCAGUGAUCCCGUCUGUGAACAAGGGCAAACUUAGUUUCUGGUUUUAA